CUUCAGGUCUUCGUUUUGGGCAGACAGACAUGGCGAUUCCUUACAUGGAAACGGUCGUGGCUUUUAUGAUAGUGAUGUACGUUUUUGAGACGUAUUUGGAUAUGAGGCAACACAGUGCUCUCAAGCUUCCAACUCUCCCAAAGACCUUGGUUGGGGUCAUUAGUCAAGAGAAGUUUGAGAAAUCUAGAGCAUACAGUCUUGACAAAAGCCAUUUUCACUUUGUUCAAGAGUUUGUGACUAUCCUUAUGGACUCUGCCAUGUUGUUCUUUGGGAUCUUGCCUUGGUUUUGGAAGAUGUCUGGAGGUUUUCUACCGAUGGUGGGACUCGAUCCAGAGAAUGAAAUACUGCACACUCUUUCAUUCUUGGCUGGUGUUAUGAUAUGGUCACAGAUCACUGAUUUGCCCUUUUCUUUGUACUCAACUUUCGUGAUUGAGUCUCGACAUGGUUUCAACAAACAAACAAUAUGGAUGUUCAUUAAGGACAUGCUCAAAGGAAUACUACUCUCUGUUGUACUAGCCCCUCCCAUUGUUGCCACAAUCAUUGUUAUAGUUCAGAAAGGAGGUCCUUACCUUGCCAUCUACCUAUGGGCAUUCAUGUUUAUCCUGUCUCUUGUAAUGAUGACUAUAUACCCAGUUUUGAUUGCACCCCUUUUCAACAAGUUCACUCCUCUUCCAGAUGGAGACCUCCGGGAGAAAAUUGAAAAACUUGCUUCUUCUCUAAAGUUUCCUCUGACGAAGCUGUUUGUCGUCGAUGGAUCUACAAGGUCAAGCCAUAGCAAUGCUUACAUGUAUGGUUUCUUCAAGAACAAAAGGAUUGUUCUUUAUGACACGUUGAUUCAGCAGUGCAAGAAUGAGGAUGAAAUUGUGGCGGUUAUCGCACACGAGCUUGGACACUGGAAGCUAAAUCACACUACAUACUCGUUCAUUGCAGUUCAGAUCCUUACCCUCUUACAGUUUGGAGGAUACACUCUAGUCAGAAACUCCACUGAUCUCUUCAGGAGUUUUGGAUUUGAUACACAACCAGUUCUCAUUGGUUUGAUCAUAUUCCAGCACACUGUAAUACCACUUCAACACCUAGUAAGCUUUGGCCUCAACCUUGUUAGUCGAGCGUUUGAGUUUCAGGCUGAUGCUUUUGCAGUGAAGCUUGGUUAUGCCAAAGAUCUCCGUCCUGCUCUAGUGAAGCUACAGGAAGAGAACUUAUCAGCGAUGAACACUGAUCCAUUGUACUCAGCUUAUCACUACUCACAUCCUCCUCUUGUUGAGAGGCUUGGAGCCAUUGAUGGACUGGAGAAGAAGACAGAUUAAGUCCUUAUAAGGUUUGUCUGUUGUACGAAUUGUUGACAGUUUUACGUUCAGUAUCUUUUGAGCAUCGGAUUACUGAGCAAGAGAUAAUUAAUCAUGAAAUUUUGCAAAGUGAUUAAAGAUUUAUUACAUUU